UGAAACUAAAACAGAUUUUGAGGAGCCGAUAAAACCAUAACGUGGCCAAAUGAUGAUGUUAUUGUAGAGGGCAGAGUAUUUUCAAUUUGUAUUUUUUUUAAACAAUAUAAACAUCCUGAAAACAAAUAUUCUCAGAGGGUUGGUGGCAGCUUGUUUUUCUUGGCAAUCAUUAUGGCCUCCUCAGGAGAUAAGAAGUCAACAGAAACCAAGGAAACUAAGAUUGAGAAAUCUGAAUCACAAAACAGUGGACAAAGGAGGGGUGCAUCAGAUGCAAACACGGGAAUUCCAAAUCCGUUUGAUUUCUCUGCAAUGUCAAGCCUCCUCAAUGAUCCAAGUAUAAAGGAAUUGGCAGAACAGAUAGCCAAGGACCCAUCGUUCAAUCAAAUGUCAGAGCAAUUGCAACACAGUGUGCAGGGUUCGAGUUCAGGGCAAGAAGGAAUCCCACAGCUGGCUGCUGAGCAGUAUUUUUCAGCAAUGCAACAGGUUAUGCAAAAUCCUCAGUUUAUGUCCAUGGCCGAGAAACUUGGUAAUACUCUGAUGCAGGACCCAGUCAUGUCUGGCAUGUUACGAAAGGAUCAGAUAGAGGCACAUAUGGCACAAGUUAAACAAGAUCCAACUUUGAAGCCUAUUCUUGAUGAGAUUGAGUCUGGGGGUCCAGCUGCAAUGAUGAAGUACUGGAAUGAUCCAGCUAUUCUGGCCAAAUUAGGUGAAGCCAUGGGAGUUGGAUCUUCUUUUGAUGCUGGUGCAUCAAAUGAAUCACCAGGUGCAGAUCAGGGUGAAGAGGAUAAUGACUAUGAGAAUGAGGAUGAGGAUGAGCUUACUGUUCAUCGAACUGCAAGUGUUGGUGAUGUGGAGGGACUGAAGAACCUCCUUGAAAAUGGUGCAGAUAAAAAUGAGAAAGAUUCUGAAGGUCGGACUCCUUUGCACUUUGCUUGUGGUUAUGGAGAGGUGAAAUGUGCUGAAGUACUUCUAGAAGCUGGGGUGGUGGUUGAUGCACUUGAUAAAAACCAUAACACGGCCCUUCAUUAUGCAGCAGGCUAUGGACGCCAGGAGUGUGUAGAACUUCUAUUGAAAAAUGGAGCUUCUGUAACCCUGCAAAAUUUGGAUGGAAAGACAUCCAUUGACGUUGCCAGAUUGAAUGAUAAUAAGGACGUACUGAAGUUGCUGGAGAAGGAUGCAUUCUUGUAAGCCAAUGAGCCACUUAAGAUUAUCUAUACGCCAGAUUUAUUAAAAUUAUUUGGGAAAUUUCUGGUCAUGGGAAGCAAGCUGCAUCAUCAUGCAUGAAGACAAAAAUAAUUUGUUUAAAAUAAUCAAGUAUUUUUUUUGUAGAUAUUUCUUUGUCGUUGACUGAAUUUAGUCAUCAUCUAGAUAUUAUAUCAUUUGUCAUGUUGCUAUAUAUGGGGGAGCAUGGGCAUAUAUAUUUAUUGUACGUCUUUGGUAUGCAUAUUUUUCUCUAUCCUUUUGUUAAA